AUGUCUUCCUUCAGCGAUCCUUCAUCCGAAGAGGAGUUGCAGUGCUUGGUCUGUCAGAAUGACUUCACUGAUUCAGUUGCUGUUCCAUGUGGACACAAGUUCUGCAAAAACUGCAUUACACAUUACUGGAAUACCAACGAUUGCUUGGAGUGUCCAACAUGUAAACAGACAUUUCAGUCAAUACCUGAAUUCCAGAUCGAUACAGAAUCAGAAGAAAAAGACGAAACCGUAGAAGAGUUUAACGAGACUGAAGUUCUGUGUGAUUUUUGUUCUGAUAAGAAAGUGAAGGCUUUUAAGUCGUGUCUACAUUGUGGGAUGAGUUAUUGUGAAACCCAUCUGGAGCCUCAUGAAAAUGUCGAAAAACUCAAGAAACACAAACUGAUGGAGCCCGUGGAGAACCUGACGGAUUAUAUCUGUCAGAAACACGAGAGACCACUGGAGCUGUUCUGCAGAGAUGACCGUUCAUAUGUGUGUUAUUUCUGCACUGAGGGAGAACACAAGUAUCACAACGCCAUCCCUGUAGAGGAGGAGAAUGCUGCGUGGAAGGCCAAGCUGGGGAAGUUACAGGCGGAAGUGAAGCAGAUGAUCCAGGAUAGACUGAAGAGGACUGAAGAAAUCAAACGUUUGGUAGAGCUCAGUGAAAAAAACGUAGAGAUGGAGACAGCAGACCUUUUAGAGAUCUGUGCCGCUCUAAUUCGCUCCGUUAGGAAAAUCCAGGCUGAACUGAGCAAAGCGAUGGAAGAGAAGCAGAAAGCGACAGAGGAGCGGGCUGAGGGACUCAUUCAAGAACUGCAGGAGGAAAUCAGUGAGCUACAGAGGAGAGACUCUGAGCUGGAGCAGCUCUCACACACUGAGAACCACUUCCACCUCCUACAGCUCCUACAGGUUUCUCCAUCACUCUGUAGCCUCCCACAAACCAAAGAGUGGCCUGACAUCCGUAUCAACACUGAACUGAGCAUGAGGACUCUAAGGAAAGCACUGUCUCAACUUGAGACAGUUCUUGAUGAAAAACUGAGUGAAACAGAGCUGAAGAAGAUUCAACACUAUGCAGUGGAGGUGUCUUUGGAUGCUGAUACAGCAUAUCCCAAACUCAUCGUGUCUGACGAUGGAAAAGAAGUCGCAUAUGGAAACACGCGACAAUGUCUCCCUGACAACCCGGAGAGGUUUGACACGUGCGUGUGCGUUCUGGGGACGCAGGGAUUCUCCUCGGGAAGAUUUUACUAUGAAGUGGAGGUGAAGGAGAAAACAGACUGGGACAUAGGGGUGGUCAAAGAAUCGGUUAACAGAAAGGGGAAGAUUUCGGUGAUUACUAAAAACGGGUACUGGAGGGUUUGGCUUAGGAAUGGAAAUCGCUAUGUCGCCGUCACAAACUUUAACAUCCCUCUUUCCCUCAGACAAGAGCCCCGGAAAGUGGGAGUGUUUGUCGAUUACGAGGAGGGUCUUGUUUCUUUCUAUGAUGUGGAGGCGAAAUCUCAUAUAUACUCUUUCACUGAUCAGUCUUUCACUGAAAAACUCUAUCCGUACUUCAGCCCUUGUCCAAAUUACGGAGGGAAAAACUCUGCCCCUCUGGUCAUUACUCCCGUCAACCACCACUGA